AUGCAGUCAACACCUAAUAAGACUAGCAAAAUCCCUCGACCUGGGACAAUGUCACCUAAUGUCAACCAAGGAAGCAAAAGCCCAGGCAGUGGAAGCUCUCAGAGCAAAAGCCCUCAAUCGCCAAUUGAAAGUGCAGCUAUCCCUGUCCACGAUGAAUUUCCACCUGUCUCGCAUUUGACCCAAGACCUUGAGAACUACACCUGGGAACAACUCCAAGGAAAAUACGCUGAUGUAAUGGAGGAACACUGUCGAGUGGAAGAGAAUCUUCGCGUCGAAAUAUCUAAGCUUCUUGAAGUUUUCAUGGUCUGGUCUCAAACCACCGUUACACAAGAUGAGAAUAGAGCUUUGAAGAGAUUCAAGACUCAGAUGCAGCAUGUCCAAAACUCCGAAGGCAAUGUCCAAAAUAAAAAAAAGCAUUAUGCGGAGGUAGUGAAGGCUUUCCAGAACGCGCUCGCUUUGCUCAAUGAACAGCUUAAGGUCUAA